UCACGGCCAGAAGAUGUUCUUCAUAUUUUAUUUACUGCUGACACUCAGGGUGGGAAGAUGCACAGAUGAUGUGAUCAUUGAGAUGAAGACUGUUGGUGUUGGAGAUGAUGUGACUCUGACCUGUACCCGCCAGAAAGCUCAAGAUGUAACAACAGCCUUGUUUUGGAUCAGGGUUGUUUCUGGAAACUUACCUGAAUUCUUGGGAGGAACAUUUGCAUUUGAUUAUGAGGUUAUCAACGAGACUCCUCGUAUCACAGCAAAACAAGGGCCUGGAACGUUUCUUCUCCAUAUUCAUGAAACAAAGAGAAGUGAUACUGGACUUUACUACUGUGUAAAAGUAGAACAACGUGACAUGAAAUUUUUGAAUGGAACAUUUCUGAGAAUUAAAGGAUCAGAACCUGAUAUCACUGCUGUCAUUCAGGAGCCUCCAUCUGAUUCAGUCCAUCCAGGAGACUCAGUGACUCUGAAGUGUUCAGUCCUCUCUGACCCUGAAGACAAAACAUGUCCGGGAGGUCCCAGUGUGUUCUGGUUCAAAGCUGGAUCAGAUGAAUCUCAUCCCAGUGUCAUUUACACUCAUGGAGACUCUGGUGAUGGAUGUGACAAGAGUCCUGAGGCUCACGCUCCACAGAAAUGUGUCUACAGCUUCUCUAAGAACGUCAGCUCCUCUGAUGAUUACUGUGCUGUGGCCACAUGUGGGGAGAUAUUAUUUGGAAAUGGAACAAAACUGGACAUUGAAGCCCCUAACAUGCAGGAGGACAAUACAGUUCUGCUUCUGUUAUGUGCUGCUUUGGCUCUAAGUCUGAUUGUUAUAACCUGCCUGAUUUUUACCAUCAACAAAAAUUCUUGUGGUUGUUGCAAAGCUCAAACAGCCAGCGGUGACCAGCAAUGUCAGCAGAGAGACGAGAACUCAUUGGUUUAUUCUGCACCAACCUUCACCAAGAGCAAAGCUGCCAAAUCAGGGAAAAGGAAUGUAAAAACAACUGAAGGAGGGAUAAUCUACUCUGACGUCAGGACUUUUGGAUCUGCCAUUUAAAAGAUAUUUUCAUCUUUUUCUUCUGAUGAGGUGUAUAGAAUAUCACUUUCAUUUUCCGUUGGUAACUAUAUUUAAAAUCAAAAUUUUUGUCCAGUCUGAAAUUGUGUAAAAAGAUAAGAAUAUCCAGAUUUGAUCAUUUUCGGCUUUUGGUGACAUGAGUUUUGUGCAUCUACGUCUUGAUUUAUUUUUGUGCAUUUUCUCUUAUUAAAGUCAUUGAAGAGUUUUAUCUGGCCACCACUCAAACAGGCUUUUUCAAUGAUUCAUCUUAAAGAGGACGAGGGUUGAGGGAGGUUUUUAAUCUGUGUUUGUCUUUUAUCUGCUGCUCAGUCUGUAAGCGUCUCUUAUGUAUCAACAACAUGUAAAAAUAAUUGCAGCAAAUAAAACUGAUGUGUACA